AUGGAGCUGGCCACGAAUCCGGUGGCUGUUCAGUUUCUGGAGGAGCAGGUUGCAGCCUAUGCGGAGCGCGUGGGCCAGCUGGAGGCGCAGCUGCGGAAGGCCAACGGCCCCUGCGGCGCGGGCGCUGCGACCGCCGCCGCAGACUUGGGCUCGCUGCAGUCAGAGCUGCAGCUGGUGCGCCGCCGCCUGGCGCUCAGUGAGCGCGAGGGCCGCAGCGCGCUGGAGGCGCUGGCUGCGAUGAUGGACCUCCUGGCUCUCGAGGACGACGAUGAAGGAGACGCAUGUGAUGUUGAUGAUACUCACAAUGCUCUGGAGGCUGGCACAGACGAGAGGGCCCAGGAGGGGGCUGGGGAGCAAGAGGAGGUCGGAGCUCCGGCUGCCGCAGGCGCCACGCCGCGCCGGGCCGCGGCGCUCCGCGCGUCGGCGGCGGUGGGCGGCGCGGCCGCGCUGCGGGCGUCGCUGCGGGACCUGCUGCUGGCGCGUCAGGAGGGCGAGGCCGGCUCGCCGGCGCGCCCCCACGUCGGCAGCUGUGGCAGCGGCGGUGCGGCUGGGAACAAAAUGCUGGAGCUGCGGCGCGUGGCCGGGGAGCUGGAGGGGCGCUGCAGGGGAUUGGAGGUGCAGCUGGCCGCGGCAGAGUCAGCGCUGCUGGACGCUCAGGCGGAGGCGGAGGCGUGCCGGCGCGCGUCGGCGGCGGCAGACGAGGCGGCGGAGGCGGGGGAGGAGAACGCGCGGGCGCGGGUGGAGGCGGCGCGGGCGGGCGAGGCACGGGCGCGGGACGCGCUCGCCGCGUCUGAGCAAGCACGGGCGGCAGCGCGGCGCGACGCCGACGCCGCGGAGCGGCGCCUCCAAGAAUCCGCCCUCCGCGCCGACCAGCUCGCGGCGCGCGCCGCCGCGCUCGCCGCCGACAACGCCGCCCUCCGCGCCGCGGCCGACGCGGCAGCCGACGCCGAGGCGGACGGCGCCGCGCGUGCGCUGGAGGACGGCGCACGACUCGCCGAGGCGGCGCGGCGGUUGGAAGCCGAGCGGGCGGCGCGCGAGGCGGCGGAGGCGGCGAACGCGGCGCUCGCGGCGCAGAACGAGAGCCUCGCGGCGGCGGCCGCCGCGGCGGCGGCGACCGCGGCAAGCGGCACACGUGGGGCCUGCGACGCGGCAACCUCGUGCGCUCCCGAGGUUAGGGAUGCCUCGGCGAUGACGGAGGCUCCGCUGCCGGCCGCGGAGGCGGGGGCGGGGGACGCGGCAGAGGCGCUGCGCCGUGAGCGCGACCGGCUCAGGGCCGCGCUGCUGGCCGCGGCGUCGGACAGGGACGGCGUCUGCGGCUUGCUGCAGCAGCAGCUCGCGGCCGCGGAGGCCGCGCGGCGGCAGGGGCGCGAGGGCGCGAGGGAUUUGCAGGCGCAGCUGGCCGAGGCACGGGCGGCGGCCGCGGCUGCGGCGGCGGAGUGCGACGUGCUGCGGCGGCACGCGGCGGCGGCUGCGGCGGCGGCGAGGGACAGGGGAUGGAGUUGGGCCGUGGAGCGGGGGACGCAGGCGGGGGGUCGGGAGGUGGCGGCGAGGCGGCACGCGGGAACAGACGCGUGCGAUUUGGCAGGAGGCAACAACGAGUGCGGCGGGGGGGCCGGCGGCUGCGACGUGGGCGGCGGCGGCGGCGGCAGCGCAGGGGCGAAGCGCCCGCGGCGGCGGUGGGCGGACGCGGACAGCGAGCGGUUCCAACAGCCCGACUGGGGCGCCGCGGCGGGCGGCGACUCGCCUGUGGCAGCUCAGGCGCCGGCGGAGCGUCGGGUGCGUGCGACCCUGGGACUGGCGGCCAGAGAGGCGGAGGUGGAGCUGGGCAGGGCGCGAGAGGAGCUGUCCCAGCUGAGGGCCGCGAACGGCGAGCUCUCGGCCCGUCAGGCGGCGACGGCGGCGCAGCUCGAGGCGCGCGGCUUCGAGCUCGCGCACGCGCGUGCGGCCGCCGCGCUGCUGCGGGACCAGCUGGCCGCGGCCGCGGCGGCGCGAGCAUCUGCUAACGGCAGCACCGCGGCCGUGCAGCAGCAGCAGCAGCAGCAGCAGCAGCAGCAGCAGCAUGCUGCGGAGACUUUGCAGCUGCGGGCGCAGCUGGCAGAGGCGAAGGCGAGGGAGGGGGACGCGCAGGUGCAGAGGCGCGUAGAAGCGCACGCGCUCGCUGCGCGCGCCACCGAAGCCCGGCUCGCGCAGGAGCGCGCGGCGGCGCUGCAAGCCAUGCUGUCGCAGGCGCGCGAGCAGCAGCAGCAGCAGCAGCAGCAGCAGCAGCAACAGGCGGGCGUGGUGCAGGCGAUCAGUACCGCUUUGGCUGAUGAGCUGGCGCAGUGCCGCCAGAGGGUCGAGGCGGGGGAGCGGGAGCGGUCGGCGCUGGCGGCGCAGCUGCAGCAGGCCAAGAUCGCGGUGGACUGCCUGGAGGGCGCGGUGCGGCGCCUCGGGCGCCACAACGAGCGGCUGGCGGGGCAGCUGCAGGACGCACUGGCCACCGCACCAGUACCCGCGCUGCCGCCGCCGCCGGCGGCAUCAACAGUGGCUGACUGCGCCGCCGCCGACGCCGCGUCGAGCAGGGACGACCAGGGGGGCCCGGAGGCGGCGGCGGCGGCGGAUGCUGCGCUGCCGGUGUCGCCUCGCAGCCUGCAGCGGCUGCUGCGGGCGGCUUCCAGGGUGCAUGAGAAGAACAAGCAGCUCAAGGAUGCGCUGGCGGCAAUGGGGCAGCAGCAGCAGCACCACCACCAGCAGCAGCAGCAGCAGCAGCAGCAGCAGCAGAGGGUUGAGAAUUGCUGA